AUGUCUCGAGAGGUGCAAGUAAAAAAAGGAUCCGAGAUCCAGGCUCCGGAUGGUCCGCAGACCGAUGGCAUGAUUCGCAUGCCUGCAAUCGUAAACAUGUCAGAUCAGUUAUGUGGCACUGUCAUGAUUGCGAAACCUCAUACAGCCUCUGCAGUCCAUCAUCACGGCGAAGAAGACACCAUUGUGUACGCAGCAAAGGGCCAUGGCGCCAUCGUGAGCGGAUCAAAUGGUAACAAGAGACAAGAGCUAGCACCGGGAGAUUUUGCACUUAUACCCGCGUAUGCAGAGCAUCAAGAGAUCAAUGAGAGCGACGAGGAUGUCGUUUGGAUCAUCACAAGGGGUGGCAGGAACCCUAUCGUUCAGAAUCUCGCGGGUUGGUCAAAGGACUAA